AUGAUGUCGCUCGAGAAACAAGGAGGAAUCACUCACCUCCAGGCCGUCAGUGAACCGCCGGCCCAACGAGUCGUCUCGAAGCCCACACCCGAAGCACAGAAGAAAGACCCGAGGGGCUACCAGGUCGAGCAGAUACGCCGUCGUUUCUCGCCACGUGAAACGACACUGAGCGACGGCACCACGUCCCUCAUCUUCCGCAUCAAACCCUCAGACCCAGACUUUCCGUUCGACCUGGAUUUCCUCGAGUGUGACCUUCACGUGCCAGAGGACUAUCCCGAGACAGGCCCAGUUCUACACGUCAAGAACCGGAACAUCCCACGCGGUUUUGGUAUCAACGUCGAGCGCGGAUGGGAGCGGAUCGUCCGAGAGAAGCGCGGCGCCGCGACCCUUCUCGCCUUCACCCAUGCCCUCGACAAGAAUCUCGAGGUGUUUCUGUCGGAGCAAAAGGUAGAAACGGUCAAGCUCACCAUCUUCAAGGAUGACAGGCAUGAGACGCCGUCCACCCCAUCGUCUCAGUCGGCUGCCGUCGCACUGGAAGCCGCAACCCUUACACAGGCACCAUCUGCGCCGCAGCCUACGAAACGUUAUGUUCCUGAUGAGCCUGCCUACACCCAGGAGCAGAUUGCCGAAGCUAAAGCCCGCCGAGCGCAGGAGGCACGCCAGAUCGAGACGCGCAUGGGUCGGCUGAGUCUUUACCGGCGCUCCGCCGACGGUAUUGUUUACACGUUGCCAAUUGAGCCGAAGAGACGGUCUGAGCUUCCGGCUUCGUUGCAGGCCGUGAAGACACUGCAUAUGAUUGUGCCGUUGCUGUAUCCCCUCCAGCCUCUACGAAUUCAGCUGAACGAGGUCGACUCGUUUGAUGCCGAACCUGUCGAGGAACUGUUCAUUCAGAAGGCUGCCGAGCAAAAGCAGAUGAAUUUGACCAGCCAUCUGAACUACCUCGCCCAGAACCUACACGUGUUGGCCAAACAGGCUCAGGUUACAAAACAGAAGCAGGAAGCUGAGGCCAAGGCCAAGGAGAGUGCUGCACCAGCGGCUGCGGCCUCGCACACGUCUCAGGAGAAGCAGCCGGAAGGUUCGCUCGGCGACAGGAGUCACGUCAAGGUCAUUCCACGUCCUCCCGAGUGGGCCACGGCUGCCGAUGACUCGGACUCGUCCGACUAUAGCUACGAUUCCGACACUGGCUCCGAUGCAGGCGGCGCCGCACUCGAGCACGACGAUCCCGCAGCAGACUCGCCCGCGACAGCCGUCGCUGCCGACACACCUGAGCGAGGCACAGCUCUAACCUUUCCAGGCAUUGAACUGCACAACAUUGAGCUGUUCCAAGUCUCCCUCCUCAGCAUCACAGCAAAGUGUGCUCGUUGCAAAACCUUCAACGAGGUGACCAACCUCCGCGACGGCGUAGAGCAGACCCUCUCCUGCCGCAAGUGCGCCGCCGGCCUUGCAGCCCGUUUCCGCGCACAGCUCGUCCAUGCGCACUCGUCGCGUGCCGGCUUCCUCGACGUGGCCGGCGCAUCAGUCGGCGACAUGCUGCCAUCGACUUUUAUUCCAACAUGUGCCAAGUGCUCAACCGCGGCACCGGGACUCGUCUCUAUCAGAGGCGACGCCACCUCCAACGUCUGCCGGUCGUGCCACGCCAAGUUCACCUUCAAGAUCCCCGACGUGCGCUUCCAAACGUACACGCCGGGCCUCCUCUCGGCGCCGGCGGCCGGGGUCGUCCGGGCCAGGGCCGAGAAGCUCGGGUUGCACGCGGGCGACCCGCUGCCGUCCCGGGGCGCGUGUGCGCACUACAGGAAAAGCUACCGGUGGUUUCGCUUCAGCUGCUGCAGCCGCGUGCACGCGUGCGAUCGAUGCCACGACGAGGCGGAAGAUCACGUCAACGAGUGGGCGAGCCGCAUGGUGUGUGGGUGGUGCAGCCGAGAGCAGCGUUACGCCGUCGACGCGUGCGGAUUCUGCGGACGCAGCGUCAUCGGGCGUAAAGGUCACGGGUUCUGGGAGGGAGGCAAGGGCACGAGAGACCGGGCGCUCAUGUCGCGGAAGGACAAGAGGAAGUACAAGCGCGUGGGACCUGCAAAGAAGGAGUGA